UUGUCCUGUUUCUUUUUUUAGCCAUCGCCACCCUAAUUUUCUCUUUUGCGAAAGCAAAGAAGAAAUGGAGUUCUUGGACGAGGACACCAGACCCAGAUUUCUCUUCCAAUCACGACCGCAAGCCUCUUCCUCAUUCCAUGAGAAUACCCCACAAAAACCCUCCAAAACCUUACUUUUCAUUUCGCUCUCAAUCUCUUCCCUUCUUCUCUCUCUUUCCCUCUUCUCUCUCCACACCGAGCCCUUCAAAUCCCUCUUAUUUUGGCUCUCCCUCUCACUCUUUCUCGGCCCUUUUGCUCCUGCUUCCCUGACCGGCGGUGACGUUCGCAUCGGUCAUGGACCAAUCAUCCCUGAUCCCAUCGAUCAAGAACCCCAACCUGAGCCUGAAUCCAAGAAAAAAUUUUCCCAGAAGCGGUCAAAGCCUGAUAAAAUUGACGAAUUGGGUGGAAAUCGUGGUUCUUCAGUGGAAAAUGCAAUUGGGUUUUCGAAUUUAGAGGUGAAAAGUAAAAAUUCAAAUGGCUUUUCGAGUUUAGGGGCAAAAAAAGAAGAUCUCGGGAGUGGUUUCGAUGGCGAGGAGAUGGAGUGGAGUGAGGCAGAUGUGGAGAUUUUGAAGAAACAAAUGGUGAAGAAUCCGGUGGGGAAGCCGGGUAGAUGGGAGUCUAUAGCUGAAGCCUUUAAGGGGAAACAUAGAAUGGAGGGUGUGAUAAAGAAAGCAAAAGAAUUGGGAGAGAAGAAAGCGGGUGACAGUGAUUCGUAUGCGCAGUUUUUGAAGAAUAGGAAGCCAUUGGAUACGAGAAUUCACGGUGGAAAUGACGGUGUAACGUCGGAGAGUCAAGAAAGUAGCGGUGGUGGUGACAAUAAUGCUGGAGCAGCGGGGUGGAGUUCAGGGGAAGACAUUGCCUUGCUCAAUGCUCUGAAGGCGUUCCCAAAGGAUGCGCCAAUGAGAUGGGAGAAGAUUGCUGCUGCUGUGCCUGGGAAAUCAAAGGCAGCUUGUAUGAAGAGAGUUGCUGAGUUGAAAAGGGAUUAUAGGAGCUCAAAAGCUAGUGAUGAAGGGAAUUAAAGCCUUUUGGCAUUUUGGAAUUUUGAUCUGAAGGUAGCAUCCAGGAGGUAACUGAUGUUUCCCAAUUGCAUUCCUGUUUUGAGAGCAUUCAUUUGCUGCAUGUAUUUUGAUGUGGAAUCAAGUUUAUAUAUAGAUUUGUAAGCUGUUCCAGGCAUAAUCUUUCACAGUGCAAAAUAUAAAUUGAGGGCAUGGCAUACUCUUUGGUUCUAUUUAUCUGCUAGUAUUCGAGUUCAUGGAUGGCUUUCUUGGCUGUCUGAGAUUUGGGCAGUGACAUUUAAGUGUAUCAUUCGGGCUAUUACAAUUCAAUUGAAGAAUUUUGCUGGUAUUCCUUUUCUGUAU